AGGGCCGGGAGUCGUACAGGCGGAAGUACCGGAAGUAGUUGUUGUCCGGCACUUCCUCCGUUGAGGACUUUUUCGUCCAGAAGACGAUUAAUUAAUUGUUCGUUUAGCGCAUCGGUCACUUGUAAAAGCACAACGCAGCGAUGGCUCGAAAUGCUGAGAAGGCCAUGACGGCCUUGGCUCGCUUCCGGCAGGCUCAGCUGGAGGAAGGAAAAGUCAAGGAGCGUCGACCUUUCCUGGCAUCCGAAUGCAACGACCUCCCCAAAGCCGAGAAGUGGAGGAGACAGAUCAUCAGCGAGGUUUCCAAAAAAGUGGCUCAGAUCCAAAACGCGGGUCUGGGCGAGUUCAGGAUUCGGGAUCUGAACGACGAGAUCAACAAGCUGCUGAGGGAAAAGCGCCACUGGGAAUAUCGCAUCCGGGAACUGGGAGGCUCGGACCACAAGCGCUUCGGGCCCAGGAUGCUGGACCACGAGGGGCGGGAGGUCCCCGGGAACCGGGGCUACAAAUACUUCGGGGCGGCCAGAGAUCUUCCCGGGGUCCGAGAACUCUUUGAGAAAGAACCCGCCCCCGAACUGCGCAAGACUCGCGGCGAGCUGAUGAAGGACGUGGACGCCGAGUACUACGGCUACCGAGACGAAGACGACGGCGUCCUCGUUCCUCUCGAGAUGCAGCACGAGAAGCGAGCCGUGUCUGAGGCCGUCCACAAAUGGAGGACGGAUCGCGAAUGUUUUCCUUCGGGGACUCCCGUUCGGCAAGAGGAAGAGGAGGAGCCCGCCAUCUACCGCGUCGACAACCAGGAGCCCGACGACGACGAGCGUGUUGAGGACAAUCUGGAGGAGGAGGAAGGGGGCGUGGCCUUCUUCACGCACACGCCCGUUCCCUCCCAGAAAGAGGUGGAGGAGGCGCUAGUGCGCAGGAGGAAGAUGGAGCUGCUGCAGCGCUACGCCAGCGAAACUCUCCAGCAACAAAGUCACCAAGCCAGAACGCUGCUGGGACUGUAACGCACGUGCAGCGGCGCCGUCGCCGUCGUAGCGACUGGAUUGCGUCCAGCUCGCCUUGGUUUUCAAUAAAAUGUUGUUGCAAGG